AUGUCUAGACCAAUUGAGACGACAAGAGCGGUAUCUACGGACUUCCCUCCCCCGCGCGCGCGGCAACUGGUUGAGGAAGUGGCGCGCGAGCUGUGCGCGCGUGGCGCAACGGUGGCCGUCAGCGAGGCGGCCUGCGGCGGCCUGCUGUCCAGCUUUCUGGUGUCCGUGCCCGGCGCGUCGCGCUGGUUCCACGGCGGCACGCUGGUGUACAGCCUAAAGUCGCGCCUUAAGCUCAGCGGCUGGUCGCAGGCGGACAUCGCCAGCUACACCGGCCCCAGCCCUGCGGUCGCGCUGCGGCUGGCGCGCAAUCUGCGCUUCGAGCUGGGCGCCACCUACGUGCUCUCGGAAACCGGCUACGCAUCUGCGGCGACGCCGGCCGACCCGCCCGCUGGCACCGCGCACUUUGGCGUGGCGGGGCCCGCGGGCGACGCCUCGUGGACCUACGUGUCGGGCUGUGCAGAUCGCCGCGCGAACAUGCAACUGUUUGCAGAGCGCGGCCUGGAAUGCCUACUGGAGAUGAUCCGCCGCGGGCCUCCCGAUCCGGAACAAGAGACCUCAGAGGCGGCAGAUUAG